UUUUGGCUCGAAGCUGCCGCGGGGGCGAGUUCUUCGCCUGCGCCAACGGCCAUUUUGGGCCCGGCACGAUUGGUGUGAUGCUGAAGCCUCCAAGAGAUGGAGGCAGGAGACUUCCAGCUCUAGCACUACUGUGCGCGGCUUUCGCCACCAUGUACCACUCCUUGAGCUUUGUGAAUGGCUACGCGUCCUCCGAAGCGGCAGGAGUGGACUGCAGCAAAUUAGUCAUGGAGGCUCGGAAGAAGGAGACUUGGCCCGUGAAGCAGCGACAGAAUGCCGAGUACUUGGCACGUCACCCGCCGCCGGCGAUGACCAACAAGGAGCGCAAGCGGCGGCUCUUAAAGGUGAAGCUCUUCCGGCGCCAGGACCUCAUGGAGUGCGAGCGCUAUAUUUUCAACGAUCCACGUGAAGAUAGAUGGCAAUGGGGCCUGGACAAGACACGUCAAUACUUGGAUGAGCAGGCCACCUUGGUGGACGAAGUGAAGAACAAGAAACUCACCAGCCGAGAAGAUCUAAGUUUGCCUUUGCCACCGACGGAUCUGAAGAUCAAUGCCAUGAAACGAAUGCAAGGAACGAGUGCUGACAUGGCCUCCAAGGAAGAGAGGAAAAAGAAGGACGAAGAAGCGAAAAAGAAAUCAAAGGAUGAGCAACCAAAGGAGCAAAAUCUCGAAGAAGUGGAUAUUGAGUUCAUGAAUUACAAGGGCCUGGUGAUGACCCGAAAGCAGAAGGCCCAGUACGCCCAGCGGGCACAGCGCAAGAAGCAGCAGGAACAGAAGCAAGAGGGACCGAGGAAACGGAGGUGAGCAGAGGCUGCGGAUCGCAUAGACCGAGAGUAGAGUCUGAAGUGGGUGUGGAGAAGGCCGAUUUUCAUGUCUCAACUGCAAAAAGGAGUGCCAGCAAGGAGGUUGACUCCACUUGUUGAUUUGGGUGUUGAGCUUCAAUGAGCAACCCCUGACCAAGGUUCUUCUUGUGGGCAACGGA